GGGUCCCUAGCUGAGUCUGCCUGCUGCCGGCUGCCCGCUGCCCGCUGCCCGCCGCCGGCUCUGGCGCCUCUGCGGGACAGCCGGCCACCCCCGCACGCGCCCGAGGACUCCCUCCAGCUCCCCUGCCCGAUCCCCUCCGGGUGCUGUGAGCCCAAACCGUCGGCGCCCGCCUCCAGGCUGAGCCCGCCUCCCAGCAGACAGCCCUCGGAUCGGCCCGGCCCGCGCAGGCCCCCACCCCCGGAGCACCAUGUUCCCCCGCCCGCUGACCCCGCUGGCGGCCCCAAAUGGCGCCGAGCCCCUGGGCCGGGCUCUGAGGCGGGCCCCACUGGGCAGGGCCCGGGCAGGGCUGGGCGGGCCGCCCCUGCUGCUGCCGUCCAUGCUGAUGUUCGCGGUAAUCGUGGCCUCCAGCGGGCUGCUGCUCAUGAUCGAGCGGGGAAUCUUGGCGGAGAUGAAGCCUCUUCCCCUGCACCCUCUCAACCGCGAGGGCUCGGUCAGGCGCGGGACGGUUCCCCGGCCUGGAGGGCUGUCCCUGGAUGCCGGGGACUCGGACUUGCAGGUGAGGCGAGACAUCCGGAACCGGACCUUGCGGGCGGUGUGCGGACAACCAGGCAUGCCCCGGGACCCCUGGGACUUGCCGAUCGGGCAGCGGCGCACCCUGCUGCGCCACAUCCUCGUUAGUGACCGCUACCGAUUCCUCUACUGCUACGUGCCCAAGGUGGCCUGCUCUAACUGGAAGCGGGUGCUGAAGGUGCUGGCAGGCGUCCUCGACAGCGUGGACGUCCGCCUUAAGAUGGACCACCGUAAUGACCUGGUGUUCCUGGCAGACCUGAGGCCUGAGGAGAUCCGCUACCGCCUGCAGCACUACUUCAAGUUCAUGUUUGUGCGGGACCCCUUGGAACGCCUUCUCUCAGCUUACCGCAACAAGUUUGGUGAGAUCCGAGAGUACCAGCAGCGCUAUGGAGCUGAGAUUGUGAGGCGGUACAGGGCCGGUGCGGGACCCAGCCCUGCAGGGGACGAUGUCACCUUCCCUGAGUUCCUGAGAUACCUAGUGGAUGAGGACCCUGAGCGCAUGAAUGAGCAUUGGAUGCCCGUGUACCACCUGUGCCAGCCUUGUGCUGUGCGCUAUGACUUUGUAGGCUCCUAUGAAAGGCUGGAGGCUGAUGCCAACCAGGUGCUGGAGUGGGUGCGGGCACCACCCCAUGUCCGAUUUCCAGCUCGCCAGGCCUGGUACCGGCCUGCCAGCAGAGAAAGCCUGCACUACCACCUGUGCAGUGCGCCACGGGCCCUGCUGCAGGAUGUGCUGCCCAAGUAUAUCAUGGACUUCUCCCUCUUUGCCUACCCACUGCCUAAUGUCACCAGGGAGGCCUGUCACCAGUGACCAUGAGUAUGAGCCAGCAACAAUUGGGGACAGGUUUUGACAAUGCCAACUUCUUGUGCCUGCCAUUCAGAGAAACCCUGGCUCUGAGGCCUGGAGCUUCUCCAGAUGUCUGGAUGGCAAGGACUUCCCUCGGAACUUCUUUGUCCAGGGUGGGUGCCCACAGUGGCUCAGAAGACAGGGUUGGACAGGAGGCCUGGUGCUCUCCAUUGGGGUUUCUUGGCGGCCAGUGUGACCUUUCUUGCCUUGGAAGAGCCACAUACCAGUUUGCCAGUGAAGCAACACAUGUGUUCUACAGACUGGCUCCAGGCCCCUGGCUGCAGGGAUUAUGCAGUCCAUUUGGUCCACCUUAACUUAACCUGUGGCCAAACCCAGAGGUGGCGCCAUUCUGGAGUGGAACCAGAGCCAGGGGCAUGUGGCUCUGAUCACCCAUUCAUCCACUCCAUGUGCCUCAGGGCUGGAGUUAGCAGUCGUGCCUUACAAAUGACUUUUGUGCCUUUCUGCUUCAGACUCAGAAUUCCCUACAUUUGCCAGUUCUUUCCAUUUUUCCAAGGAAAGGAAAACUGAGUCAGGGCCCUUGCUUGGUAGCUCUAGGACUCAGCCCUGCAGGUAUCCAAAGACCCCUGUGCCUAGCCUCUUUGGGCACCUCCUCCCUUCCCCCAAGAUUGUGGCUAGUGUAUCUGGCUGCCCCUUUUCUGACACAUUUAUGUAAAAUUUGUACUUUUUUAUAGAACCCCUAUGAAGGCUUUGUUUUCCUAAUAGCUGAAUUUUUA